GUAUCAAGAAGGUGGAUGGCAUCCCCUGGCGCUCCAUUGGCCUUGACCACACAGGUCCCUACGAGGAAAACGGCGACAGAGCCAAAUUUCUGCUUGUUGCCACCGACUUGCUAACCGGUGCUAUAGAUGCUGAGGUCGUCGGUACUACCAACUCAAUGAAUCUGAUAACUGCUGCUCGGCGUAUAUUCGCCCGGACUGGCCAACCGAACACGGUCCACAGCGACCGAGGGUCGUCUUAUGUGAGCGCUGCUUUCCGAGCCUUCCUCAUCAAACGCAACAUUCGCCAAAGAUUUGCUCCUCCUUCGAGCCCGCGCUACGGAGGUAAGUGGGAACGGAGCCAUGGCCCCCUCAAUCACCAUAUCCGCAUCUUGCGAUCCAGAGGUGAGAA